UACAGGAAGCCAUUUAUCUUACCGAGUUAAGUCGCUCAGAAUUUUGUUUUGAUCGCUUUUUGAAUGUUUAAAUUUGUGAAAACCUGUCUGACUCAUGUUAGUGACUUCAUGUAUGAAGCCUGUUGAAUCGAUUUUGAAAGGAAAAAGUGCAGGUAGCAUUAACGUUAGCGUCCGAUAAUGGACGCAGUCCAAUAGCUGGCUGGCUAGUUAGCAUAUUAAGUCGCGGGACACAGAGCGCGACAUUUAAAAACUGUCAGUGCUUUUGUGAAAUUUGAGAGGUCGCUUUGCAGUAUUAACUCCUGAAUUAUAGUCAGUUUAUAGCCAAAAUAAGUACGUUGUGUAUUGUAAUCAACACUUUUAUCCCACAGGUUAGCCUUUGUGUCUCCAAUAUAGGCUAACGCUAACACUACAAGGUUGUUUUUGAAAUAAGCCGGAUGUCAACAAACCUUAUCCAGCGUUCACAUUAAGUUAAAAAGUCUGCUUUUGUUUUGUGACACUUUCUUAGUGAUAUUUCUGGAUUCUUGAGUCAGCAAAUGAAACUACAGUUCGAACUCUGAUGUUAGCAUGACCCCUUCAUGCUAAACUGUUCUGUUAAUUUAUUCUGACCGAGUGACACUGAUGUGAGCAUGGCUUCAGAGAUAGACGGGCUGCUUGAUGUUAAGUGGCUAAAGCGGUUCAAUAGCCGCAAUCACAGACUCUGUAUCCACAGCAAAGCGGGCAGCCAGGGAGUGGCGCUAACUAAUCACUUGAGAUUGAUUCAGAGCUUUGCCUUGACUGCUAAGAGGUUGUGAUUUUAACAAGUAGCUGGGGGACUCUUGUCAAAGCCACCAUGGUAACUAACUGACAACAAAUUUUGCCUUGUUAAAGCACCUCACCAUGCUUCCAGAGAAUGUAGGUAGUUUUUGUUGCUGAUAGAGGACUGAGGGUUAGCUAGCUGACAACCCCUGGUUCUUUCUUUCAGACAAAAACACACGGCAGUUCCUUUGCUUGGUUUCUCCAGCUUUAAUUAAUCUGUCUCUAGCUCUCCUCCUGCAGAGGUGAGAUGACCUCCUCCACCCUCGGCCAUUCGGCCAGUCUCGUCCCGAACCUGGAGCCUGGGAUGGGGAAGUCUGCAGCCAUGCUAGGGUUGUCCGCUGGGUUGGGGGGAGCAGAGAUGGAGCUGCAGAAGAUGCUAAUCGAUGAGAGGAUGAAGUGUGAAAACCACAGGACCAACUACCAGACACUGAAGGCUGAACACGCCAGCUUGCAGGAUGAAUUCACCCGGGCUCAGGGUGAACUGAAGCGCCUUCUGAGCGACAGGCAGGCUCAGCAGGAGAAACUGCAGCUGCUGCUGGCUGAGCUCCGAGGAGAGCUGCUGGACAAAACCAGGGAGCUGGAGGAGCUUCGGCUACAGGUGAUGACCCCUCAGCGGCUGGAGUUGCUCAGAGCUCAGGUGCAACAGGAGAUGGAGGCUCCAGUCAGAGAGAGGUUCAAUAAACUGGAGGAGGAGACAGAAAAGUACAGGUCUGAGUACAACAAGCUGCGGUAUGACUGCACCUUUCUCAAGUCCCAGUUGGACCACCAGAGGGAAGAACAUGCUCGUAUACUGGAGGAGAGGCGCAUUCGCUAUGAGGCAGAGAUUUCUCGUCUGGAGAAGGAUCGGGAGGACCUGGUGGCUCAGUACCAGGGCUCAGACCCACUCCGUGAUGGCAAACGAGUGGAGGGUCUGCUGAGGGAGAAAGCCCAGCUCCACCUGCGGCUGAAGGGCCUGGAGGCAGAGGUGGCUGAGCUUCGCGCCCAGAAGGAGAACUCGGGCCAGCAGGCGGAGAACGUCCAGCGCAUCCAGAUCAGACAGCUAACAGAGUCUCAGGCUGCAAUGAAGUCUCUGGAGGCGGAGCGUCAGUCGUUGCGUCUGCAGCUGGAGCGGAUGGAGAGCGAGCUUAAUCUGACCCAUGAGCAGAACAGCCAGCUCACCGGACGCCUGCACAAAGCUGAGAGAGAAGUCAACUCCCUCACCUGCCAGAUUGAAAGCCUGAAACAUUCACAUAAACUGGAGGUGACCAACGUCAAACUGGAGUGUACCCGCUCUAAAGGAGAGCUGGAGAGGGAGAGAGACACACUGCAGGGGCAGAUUGACGGUCUGCAGGCGGAUGUGGAGGUGCUGAAGGCUGCGGUGGAGCGACACAAGGAAGUUCUUGUGGAGAAAGAGCGGGAGAUUGUCAGGAAGGUGCAGUCAGCCCGCGAGGAAGAGUUCCGCAAAACGGCAGCAUUGCACGAGGAAAAGUUGGAGUUGGAGAACCGUCUUGCCGCUCUGGAACAGCAGAGGGCGCUGCAGGAUGCUGCAGAUCACGCCCAGAGGGAGGAAUUGGAGGAGCGUCUUCGCAGCACCCAACAUGGAGAGGAGUCAGCCCGCAGAGAGCUGCAGAACCUGAGAACUAAACUACAGCAGCAAAGCUCCCAGCUUGAGGAGCUUGAGAGACAGAAAGCAGAGAUCGCUGACCUGCAGAAGCAGAACCAGGAACUGGGUGUCCAGCUGGGGACUCUGUCUCACUCUGAAAGCGACCUGAUGGAGACAAACCAGCGACUGAGAGAAACAAUGGACAGAGUCAGGGAGGAGCUGAGGACGGCCCGAGCCCAGGCUGAGAGGAGCCAACACGAGGCCGAGAGACUGGUGGAGGACCGGCGGGUGGAGUUUUUGGAGGAGAAGCACAAGCUGCAGGAGCGAGACGCUGAGCUGCAGCAGAAAUACUCCCAGGCCAAAGAGAAACUGCAGAGGGCAGCGGUGGCACAGAAGAAGAGGAAAACGCAGACAGAGAACAGAGAGAAGAGGCUGCAGGAUAAGAUCCAGCUGCUGGAGGCCAAGAUUGAGGAACUGGAACUGGAAGCUGCUGCGGCCAAGAAACGUUCAUCUUUCUCAGAGGAGCAAGCUCAGCUCGGCAGACGGCUGAAGGAGCUGCAGCGACGACACAACGAGUUUCGGCGCCUCCUAUUGGGCGGCCAGGGUUCCUACAGCGCGGGCCCGGCCUUCCUGACCUCCUCACCCACCCCGUUCCUCCUCCUGGGGUCUGAGGGACCGUUAUCCAACAUACCAGAGGAGCAGCAUCAGAGGGAGCUGUCUCUGCUCCGGCGGCGGCUGGAGGACCUGGAAAGCGCCCAGCAGCAGCAGCUGGAGGAACUGGGAUCUCUGGUGCAGAGGGACCGGGACCUGGCACCCCAGCCUGACCUCUAACCCCAGACUACCUCCCAUUGGACUAGCAUUUGAAAAACAGUGCGAGAAGGACACCAACGGAGUACCACAGCACCUUUUUUGUUUUUUUUAAAUUGACCACGACAUCCUCAGGGGUUGAUUUUGUAUCGAUGUGCUCGUUGUUUACACACAUUUGCUCUGAAGCCACUGUGGAAAAAACGUUUUUAUACUGAUGAGUGGAUAACACAGGUUUAAAACACUACAGGCUGUGAAUUGCACAAUGUUUAUACAGACUAUUGAUGUCAUUCAACAAGUUUAACUUGAAUUGUAUUGAAAUAAUAAUCGCUUAAAGAUGAGCUGAUGUAUCUGUGGUUUUGAUUUUGUUGAUUAUUUCAACUGAAGAUGAAGGUGAAGGUGAUGCCAACGCAGAAAGAGCAGCAACACCCGAGAGCCGUAAGUUAGAAAUCAAAAAUCUAAGAGUGAAUGUGAUGCAGAGCUGCUUGUGUUCCACUUUACAGCUGGGAUGACGGCCAGUCUGCUACAGUUUGUGUGUUUCUGAAAAACCAACCCAAGCAAAUGAAUCUCAACUCGGGGUCCACUUCCUGGCUGUUGCUGAUCGAGCUUCCAACCACAUUUCAAGGUUUUUUGACUCAAGUCAUGUCACGUGACCCAUGUUCCAGCUUUAGGACACAUGAUGUCAACUCACUUCAACUUGCUGACUAAGCCUGUAAGAAGUAGGUGAAAGCCGAGUUGAGCAG